AUGAAUACUUUGUUCAACACUCUCUCUCGCGUUUACGCUAUUCCUACCCCUCUCACCAUGGCGCUUGGUGAUGUUAUCUUUGCUAUCUUCUACUUGGCGUUCCUCACCAUGGUGUUGUGGGUGGAACAGAAGCAGCAUGCUCCCCGUGAAGUGGAAACGGGCGGCAACAACAAGAUGACAAAGACGACGGCGGUCGUCUACGUUCACAAGAUGGCCAGCAAGAAGUUGCGUGGUCGCGAUCGUCAGUUGCAAAAGCAGGUCGAAUCGGCAGGACUCAGCGGACGUCAAGCCAAAAAGCUCAAGCAACAGAAAGACAAGGAGUAUGAUCAGUGGCUCCAAAAGGAGGAAUUGCAGCAGAAGCAGGUCGCCAAGGCUUUUGUGCACCAUGUCGCCCAGAGCAGCAGCACUACUAACACUGCGGCCGUAGUCUCUGGCGGCGAAUGGAUGCGUCGCAAUGUCGUCAAAAAGAGCAAGCCAGUCAAGUUCUUCCAACCUCAUGCAGUGGUCGCUACUGCAGUGGAGUGGAAGAACGACGCUGAAACCGCAGUCUCCGAUACUGCCAACAAUCAGCUUGCCGCAAAAACCCAACAAUCUACAGUUCAGUGUGUCAUUCAACAACCAACCGUCGCUUCUGCCGUGAAGGACCAACAACCAAUGAUGACGAAGACAGAACUUGUCGAGGAAGAACCAGUCCACCAUAUCAAGUCGCAAGAUAUGGAAGACGUGGAGAUCCUCACAAAUGUUGCAGACGACAAACCAGUGGAUGCCAUGGAGGUGGACAAUGUGAACGACAAAAAUCACGACGACAAUGAAAAUAUUAUGGAUGUGGACGACAACUCGCCAGUAGUGGUAGAUAAUGCAAACGCGGUGGCGGACAUGGAGGAUGAGGACGUUGGGCUGGAGGAUGACGCGGUCGAUGCAAUGGAGGACGACGUGGUGGUGGAGUUGACGGAGAUGGCUCAGAAGUUGACAAUUGAGUAUGAGGACGACUCGGUCAAGGACUUGCGAAAGCUUUUCGGUGACUGGAGCUUGAUGGAUAAGGACGAUGGAGUGGAGGACGUGCGAGUGGGCUUGGAGCACUUGAGCUUGGACGACAAUGCAUCUGAUGACUUGGAAGGUGCAGUGGAGGACUUGCGAUUGGGGGUGCAGAAUAUUCGCUUGGACGAUCCAGUGGAGGACUUGCGUGUGGGCUUGGAGAGCUUGACUUUGGAGGACGACAGUGCAUUCGAUGACUUGGAGGGCGAAGUGGAGGACUUGCGAGUGGGUUUGCAGAAUCUUUGCUUGGAUGAUCCGGUGGAGGAAUUGCGAUUGGCUUUGGAAGAGUGGAAAUUGUUUGGCGAGGAGGACGCGGAUGCAAUGGAGGUUGACGGCCCUCCACUUGGAGAUGAUUGCUGGUGGUCAUCAAAAGAAGGUCUCCUGAUACAACAACAACAACAAACCAAGUCCUGGCCAGGCACCAAGGUGAGUUGCAACACAAAGGCCGGCCCCCUCCUUCGUCAUGGGGGACAACAGACAAAACAGCGUCAACAAAAAGGCCGGCCCCCUCCUUUGCAAUGGGGGACAACAGACAAAACAGGCCGGCCCCCUCCUUCGUCAUGGGGGACAAAAGACAAAACAGGCCCUGCUUGGGGGAACACGGUUGGUGUCAACACUGCAAGGCCCGCCCCCUCCUUGAUUGGGGGACAAAAGACAAAACAGAGAGCCAGCACCUGGCGGGGUGCAGGGCUGAUGGCGACAAGAGCACUGGCGAGUGCACGACGAAACCACUGGUGGCUGCCAUGCGAAAGUACCGGCGGCUUCAUCAUUUCAUGCCGACUUGAUGCCCUAGAAGCGAGGGUGUUUACACGACAAAAGCCCAAAUAA